CGUGUCAGAUGUGUUUCUAUUUUGUCCAUGUUUCCCUCCGACCCGGAACCACUGACAGAGACACGGUCCACCACCGCGGACGCUCUGACUCCGCCUCGCGCGCUCCGUUCUACACCGACCCGCUCACAACAACCGAAGAGGGCCGGACCGAGCCGGACCGAGCAGAACCACAACAUGUCCCUGCAGCUUCCCCCGUGCGUGAUAGACUGCGGGACUGGGUACACAAAGAUCGGCUAUGCUGGAAAUACGGAGCCUCAGUUCAUCAUGCCCUCCUGUAUCGCCAUCAAGGAGUCGGCCAGUGUGGGAGAACAGGCUCAGAGGAGGCUCGUACGAGGAGUCGAUGACCUGGACUUCUACAUCGGAGACGAAGCUGUAGACAAACCCAACUAUGCAACCAAGUGGCCCAUCCGUCAUGGGAUGGUGGAGGACUGGGAUCUGAUGGAGAAGUUUAUGGAGCAGAUCAUCUUCAAAUACCUUCGAGCUGAGCCUGAAGACCACAGCUUCCUCAUGACAGAGCCUCCUCUCAACACUCCAGAGAACAGAGAGUAUCUGGCAGAGAUCAUGUUCGAGACCUUCAACAUACCUGGACUCUACAUCGCAGUACAGGCCGUCUUGGCGUUGGCGGCGUCCUGGACGUCUCGACAGGUCGGACAGAGAACUCUGACCGGCAUCGUCAUCGACAGCGGAGACGGCGUCACACACGCCAUCCCUGUGGCUGAGGGCUACGUGAUUGGCAGCUGUAUAAAGCACAUCCCCAUCGCGGGGCGGGACAUCACCUUCUUCAUCCAACAGCUGCUCAGAGACAGAGAGGUGGGGAUUCCUCCAGAGCAGUCACUGGAGACUGCCAAGGCUGUCAAGGUACCUCCUUCUUCUGCUCCUCCUCUCCUCUUCUCUCCUCCACUCCUCAUCCUCUCCAUUCCUCAGAAUGAGCUCCGGAGGUUCGGUAAAUCGUACAUGGUGUAUGCCAGCUCCGGACACACGAGAUGCUUUGAGUGUGGGGACGUGGGACAUAAACGGUUUGCGUGUCCGCACAAACAGCAGGUGGAUGGGGCCGGCGCUGGGCCCGUGGUGGCGGAUGCCGCCGCCCCCGGUGUCGCGUUGGCGGAUGCCGCCGCCCCCGGUGCGGCGGUGGCGGAUGCCAAACACUGCUGCCAGCCUGAGAGUCAACCUUAG